CAAUAUUAUCAAACGGACUCACCGCGAUAUGUUCGCCAUUCGUUAAAAUCACGUUUAUUUUACACUAGGUAGUUACAUGAACGUAAGCAAAACUUGUGAAGAAGACCAUAUCAAAAUAUAUCGUUUAUAUUUUCUACAAUAAUACCGUUAUUUAACGUGUCUAGCAACUGUAGCGGUGCUGUCCUCUUCAAACUGACCGGUAUUUUGGACCGAGGAUCACCCGGUGUCUCACGUUAGCUUAACGCUACCUCACGUUAGCUCAACGCUACACGUCCACAGCCGACUGUGGCUGACGCGGUGUAACAUCUACGAGCGGUAACGUCUAACGUGAACGUCUGUCUCCGCUGCAGACGAUGCCGGUGACAGCGGCUCGCCUCCCCAAGGUGCUGCAGCUCACCCUGGCGGUGAUCAAACCGGAUGCUGUGGCUCAUCCCGUCAUGUCACAGGCUCUUCACCAGAGAAUACUGGACAACAAAUUUUUAAUUGUGAAAUGCAGAGAUCUCGCGUGGAGGAGACGGGACUCCGAGAGGUUUUACGCUGAACACUCGGAGCGAUUCUUCUACCAGAGGCUUGUUGAAUUCAUGUCAAGCGGCCCGAUGCGAGCUUACGUUCUGGCCCGGGUGGACGCCAUACGUCAGUGGAGAGAGCUGAUGGGGCCGACCAAAGUGUUCCGAGCCAGAUACACCUCGCCCGAUAGUAUCAGGGCUCAGUUUGGACUCACAGACACGCGGAACACGGCUCACGGCGCCGAUUCCGUUGAGUCGGCACAAAGAGAAAUCCGGUUCUUCUUCCCGGACUUCUGCGCGGGGGAGUGGAUGGAGAAGGAGGAGCCAUCGUUUCGAUCGGGACGAAUACGUUACAACCCUCAGAAGAAGAUUCACACACUUUCAUUGCAAAGCGGACCCCAGAACUGACUCUGAUCCCCGAAAGGACCACUCGGAGCCGCUGCAAUUGUUAAUCCGCAGCUUUACACAAAUGACACUUCCCAGAGAGAUUUUCCAAUAUUUCGCGUGCUGUAUAAAUAUGUUUGAUGAUCCCACAAAAGUGAAUGUUUAUUAUUUAUCGCUUGUUCAUCCCGUGUUGUUGUCAAGUAAAACCAAUUUUUCCUUGAACAAA